AUGAAUUUGGAGAAUUAUAAUUUCGGUCUAUACAUUAUAUUACUUUGCAUUGUAGUUCGAUUUCGAGUGCAAAUUUUUUUAGCUAUGAUGAUUGCUUGUGCCUUUUGUAUUGCUAAUCCGGAUGCAUGCAAAAAUCCUUCCUGGUAUACCAGACUUUGCUUGUUACUUCAGGAAUUGCAUUCUGAAUAUCUCUAUCGCAGUUCUAUCUCUUCAAAUGAAGCUGCAUUUUCGACAUCCGCUGAUUGUUCAGCAAAUAAUAAUAUUGCGCAACGACUCAGGAAUGAAAAUAGAACAGCAAUUGCAAUGUUAACGCCAGCAGUUCAUGUCAUGCAUCAUGUUUGGAAAGGUAUGGCAUGGAUUACUGAGGAUAUUAGUGAGGAAGAAAGAGUUACAACCUGUCGAACGCCAUCGAUUUCGAUGCCAGAAGACUCAGCUAGUGAAUGGGACUCUAAAAAUGAUGUAACUUUAUGA